AUGACAGUCUUUGUGGUCUCUCUCUUUCUCCCAAACACAAUCAACUUCAAACUUCCUUCAACGAAUUCUCGUCCUCCGACCAGAGGAUCCAAUAUCCACCCAGAUCCCAAGUCCAAUGCUUUCCGCUCGGGGCGUCCCGGUGCCGCUAGAAGAACUACCACCAAAAUCGAUACUACCGGCAAGCCUAGUCUUUUCGGUCAUCAGAAGGAUAUCACACCCCCAGCAACACCAAUACACGAUGUCGAUCACGAACAAUUUUUUGCUCAAACCGAUAUACCAGACCUAAAAACCAUACAAGAGAACCAGCUCUCUGUAAUCGCGCCCAGCGAUCCUCAUUCGCCGGCAUGGGGUGCGGGAAAGACGUUCAACCAACCACGAUCUCGGGCUAGUUCUCCCCCUCCCGCAGAUAUCCUCAAGCACAACAAGAUGAAGGAGAAGGCAGAAGUUCUUGGAAGCGCUGGAAUUCGCCAACCACAAUACAAACGAAGUGAUAGUCAUGAUAGAGUUUUCGCAAAUGCCGAAUGGGAAGUUGAACCAGCCGAGCAAGGUAACGGAGGUCUAAGAAAUGCCGUUCAAGCUGCAGUUAGAAGUGGAAAUCUUGAAGAUAAGAUUUGGGUUGGUACACUAGGGAUGCCCACGGAUGCUCUCGAACGUCGACAAAAGCAGGAUAUUGACGAUCGCAUGGCUACAGAGCACGAUUCCGCAACUGUUUUUUGUAAAGACGGCGAUUUUGAUGGUCAUUACACACACUACUGCAAGCAAAUCUUGUGGCCAGUCUUCCAUUACCAAAUACCGGAUAACCCUAAAAGCAAGGCUUACGAAGAUCACUCUUGGAUUUACUAUGUUAAAGUAAAUCAGGCUUUUGCGGAUAAAAUCGUCAAGGAAUGGAAGAGAGGUGAUGUGAUUUGGAUCCAUGACUACCAUCUCCUAUUGGUACCUUCAAUGAUCCGGAAGAAGCUUCCUGAUGCCAAAAUUGGAUUCUUCCUUCAUGUUGCAUUUCCAUCCUCGGAAGUUUUCCGAUGUCUAGCCGUUCGUAAGGAAUUACUCGAGGGUAUGUUGGGAGCAAAUCUCAUUGGAUUCCAAAUUCAAGAGUAUGCACGACAUUUCUUGCAAACCUGCAGUCGUAUUUUAAUGGUUGAAGCCACAAAUGAUGGUAUUCAACUUGAGGAUCGAUUCAUCGAUGUUAUCAAUCUCGCAAUUGGAAUUGAUCCUGUUGCUCUGGAUAUGAAUCGUGCAGAUCCUAAAGCUACUCAUUGGUUGAACACAAUGCAAGAAAGAUAUCGUGGUAAGAAGCUCAUUGUGGCACGAGACAAGUUAGAUCAUGUCCGAGGUGUGCGACCUAAGCUUUUGGCGUAUGAGCUAUUUCUCAAUAAAUAUCCUGAAUGGAGAGAUAAAGUUGUUCUUAUUCAAGUAGCAACAUCUACCACAGAAAAUUCCGAACUUGAUGCCACCGUUUCAGAUAUUGUUACUAGAAUUAACUCUUCAUGGGCCAAUCUUGCUUACCAACCAGUCGUCUACCUCAAGCAAGAUAUCAUCUACCCUCAAUAUUUGGCUCUACUCACAGUCGCUGAUGCUCUAAUGAUCGCUAGUCAGCGCGAAGGAAUGAAUUUAACAUGUCAUGAAUACUUGUUUUGUCAAGAUGGCAAGUUCGAAGGUCACAACAAGCAUGGAUCUCUUAUUCUCAGUGAAUUUACUGGUAGUUCUUCCAUCUUUGGUGGCAAUGAACUUUCUGUAAAUCCUUGGGAUUAUCGUCAAUGCGCUGAUGCUAUUAAACAAGCAUUGGAAAUGGAGGACGAAGAAAAAGAAGAACGAUUCAAGAAACUUCAUGCAGCUGUCAUGCACCAUACUGGAGAGCAUUGGUUUAAUGAAUUUAUUAAUCGUCUUGACAAGGCCUAUGAAGAACAGCACAAGAGAGAUACCACAGCUGUUCCACGUCUCUCAAUUAAUAUGCUUGGUCAAAAGUAUCAGAGAUCCGAGCGAAGACUCUUCAUCAUUGAUUAUGAAGGGACUUUGGCAUCAUGGGGAUCCCCAAGCAGUAUCAUUUUAACAAGCCCGCAACGCACAAUCGAUACUCUUAAUGAUCUACUUCAAGAUGAAAGAAAUACAGUAUAUGUAAUGUCUAGUAGACAACCAGAAGAACUCGAUCGUUUAUUCAAAAGAGUACCACGCCUUGGUCUAAUUGCCGAAAAUGGAUGUUUCCUCAAACAAUUUGGUACUUCAGAUUGGAUUGAAAUGGCUGAUCCUGAGAAGAUGCGAGCAUGGAAAGAUUCGGUAGAAGGCAUCAUGGCAUAUUAUACCGAACGAACACCAGGAUCAUGGAUUGAGACAAGACAUUGUAGCUUGAUCUUCCAUUACAAGAACGCAGAAGAUUUCGAAACGGCAACUCGACAAGCCGGUGAUUGUGCAAGUCACAUUAAUGAUGCAUGUGAGGAACAGAGAGUUAGGGCAAUUCCUGUUGAAGGAGCUGUAGCAGUUGAACCGAUUGAUUGGUCAAAGGGCACAGCUGCCAUGAAAAUCUUCGAAGGCCUUGCGAAAGAAAUGUCACCAGAUGAUAAACAUACUUCUCCUGUUGAUUUCUUACUAGUGAUAGGUGAUGGUAGAGAUGAUGAAGUUAUCUUUCGAUGGGCCAAUGAUUUAGGGAGAGAAAAGAAGGUUAACAGUGUUACAACUGUUAGUUUGGGCAGUAGAAAUACUGAAGCUGGGUUUACACUUACACAAGGAGUUACUGGUGUCUUGACAGCUUUACAAAAGCUCGCCCAGUUAUCUUAG